AUGUCUGUCAUCCGCCCAUUCGACCCCACCGACGUUCUACGCUUUAACAAUAUCAACCAAGACCCCUGGACAGCUACUUACCACAAUGGCUAUUACGCUACCUACGCGCUCCAAUGGCCAGACUGGUGUGUCUCUGUGGAAGACGCAUACGAACCAUCCCUCAAAGCCUACAUGAUCGCGAAGAACGAACCGCCCGCACCCGAUCCCCAACAUCACGGCCACCUCACAGCGCUCUCCAUCACCCCUUCUCAUCGCGGUCUUGGACUUGCGAGGGUGCUUAUGGAUAUAUUGGAGAGGCUGUCGGCGCCGGGGGAGAUGGCGGGGGCUUGUGAUCAUGGGCAUGGGCACGAUCACGGGCAUGAGCAUGCACAUGAGCACCAUGACCAUGAAGGGGAUUGCGGGCACGACCACUCCCAUUCCCACUCCCACGAACAAGAAGAACACCACCACGAAAUGAUCCCCAUUAACGCCGGCAAAGAUUCUGUCGACGCCUAUUUCGUGGACCUCUUUGUGCGAUGUAACAAUAAGCGGGCGACUGAGAUGUAUGAGAAGAUGGGGUAUAGUGUUUAUCGGAGAGUUGUCGAGUGA